AAUGGAGCCUGAAGAGCAGGAUGAGGACAUGGACCAUGAUGCAGAGUCUGACAUAGAUGCCCAUGAGGAGGAGGACCAGCAACCAGCCCAGAAUUAUGAGCCAAUCCCAAGGUUGACAAUUUCCAUCCGUGGGAGAGGCCGAGGUCGCGGAAGAGGCAGGAUUGCUACCAUUAAAAAGAUUGGAGAUCAGAUUGUUGGAGAGCCACCACGCAAGAGAGGAAGACCUGGCAGAAAGCCUAUUACUGAGGUCAUGGCUGAAGAUGAACAGUCACUUUAUUUUAUUGUGAGAAAUGGAAGAACAGCCUUAGCGCAAGUGGUUGAUGAUUGGAUAGACUCUUACAAGGAUAACCGUGAUGGAGCACUACUACAGCUCAUGCAGUUCUUCAUCAAUGCUGCUGGUUGCAAGGGCAAGAUCACACCACAUAUGCAGGCUACCAUGGAACAUGCUGAGAUCAUCAGGCGAAUGACAGAGGAAUUUGAGGAGGAAAGCGGUGAGUAUCCAUUAAUCCAGAGCGGUCAACAGUGGAAGAAGUUUCGCAGUAACUUCUGCGAGUUUGUGCAGCUUUUGGUGAAACAGUGUCAGUACUCCAUUAUCUAUGACCAGUACCUUAUGGACAACGUCAUCUCUCUCCUCACUGGCCUCUCUGACUCCCAAGUCAGAGCUUUUCGACACACAGCAACACUCGCAGCCAUGAAAUUGAUGACGGCAUUGGUGGACGUUGCUCUGACGGUGUCUGUCAACCUUGAUAACACUCAGCGUCAGUAUGAGUCAGAGAGACAGAAGUCUCGUGAGAAACGUGCAUCUGACCGCCUUGAAUCGUUGAUGUCAAAAAGACAAGAACUGGAGGAAAACAUGGAUGAAAUCAAGAACAUGCUCACAUACAUGUUCAAGUCUGUCUUUGUUCAUAGAUACAGGGACACACUGCCUGAAAUCCGCUCCAUCUGUAUGGCAGAAAUUGGCUUGUGGAUGAAGAAAUUCCACCAAAACUUUUUGGAUGACUCGUACCUGAAAUAUAUUGGUUGGACACUUCAUGACAAAGUAGGUGAUGUGCGACUCAAAUGCUUACAAGCCCUCCAGCCCUUGUAUGCCAGUGAAGAACUCAAAGGGAAACUGGAACUCUUCACCAGCAAGUUCAAAGAUCGUAUUGUGGCCAUGACUCUGGAUAAGGAAUAUGAUGUUGCUGUUCAGGCAGUGAAACUGGUGAUCUCUAUUCUCAAAUAUCACAGGGAUAUUUUGACAGACAAAGACUGUGAACAUGUGUAUGAACUUGUGUACUCUUCCCAUCGUGCUGUUGCACAAGCAGCGGGAGAGUUCUUGAAUGAGCGUCUCUUCAUUCCUGAUGAUGAGGCUGUUGCUGCUCUAAGAACAAAGCGUGGCAAGAAGCGUAGACCUAACACUCCCCUCAUCAGAGAUUUGGUUCAAUUCUUCAUUGAGUCUGAGUUACAUGAGCAUGGAGCAUAUUUGGUGGAUUCUCUUAUUGAAAGCAAUGACAUGAUGAAAGACUGGGAGUGCAUGACAGAUCUCCUCCUGGAAGAACCUGGGCCCAUGGAAGAACCCUUAGAUGAUCGUCAAGAGACCAGUCUUAUAGAAAUCAUGGUUUGCUGCAUCAAGCAAGGAGCCACAGGGGAACCUCCUGUUGGUAGAGGCCCAACAAGGAAGCAAAUACUGUCAGCCAAAGAGGUUAAGCAAGUGAAUGAUGACAGAGCGAAGUUAACAGAACACUUAAUCCCAACAUUACCACAACUUCUGCACAAGUAUUUGGCUGACCCAGAGAAGGUAGCCAACCUCCUCCUCAUCCCUCAGUACUUUGACUUGGAAAUAUACACUACAAGCAGACAAGAGAAGAAUUUGGAUUUGCUCCUGAAGCUUAUUCAAGAAGUGGCUGAUAAGCAUAGUGACACUGAGGUAUUGGAAACAGCAGCAAAGACCUUAGAGAUCCUGUGUAAUGAUGACUACACUAUCUACUCCCGGUGUGACAUUGCAAGGUCCUCUCUCUUAGAUAUGGUGGUCAACAAGUACAAAGAAGCUAAUGAUGAAUACCUCACCCUUAUUGAUGGUGAGGAGGAACCUGAUGAAGAUGAAACCUUUGCUUUGGUAUCAUCUGUGAAGAAAGUGUCCAUCUUUUAUUCCUGCCACAACAUGGGCCCAUGCAAUAUUUGGGAUUCACUGUACAAAAACAUUAGCUAUGCUAUUGAUGGUAGUAAAUCUCUACCAGAGGAGGCAACAAAGUACUGCAUUUCUUCAUGCUUCUUUGGUGUAAUGUGGGAACUGCACCAAAUAGAAAUGGAUAAGCGGACUAUCACACAUGAUGCCGUUGAGGCUCUACGUACUCGUCUGCACCUGUUCUUGGAUGCAUGCAAACACCUAUUGGCUAACUCAAACAACCAAGUCUUCAGAGAGGAGGCUUAUGUGACUUUGUGUGAUCUUCUGAUUGUGUUCAGCCGUCAGUUGUUGGCCAAUGCACAUCUGGCUCCUCUUGUGUAUGUGCCAGACAGGGGCCUGCAGCAUCUCCUCAACCACUUCAUUCAAACCUAUGUAUUCAUUGAUGAUGAGGAUGAAGAACAAGAUGAACACGUCAAAAUUGAAGAACUCCACAAAAGACGUAACUUUCUUGCCACUUUUUGCAAGUUAAUUGUGUACAAUGUUCUGCCAACAAAGGUUGCUGCAGAUGUCUUCAAACAUUAUGUCAGAUAUUAUGAUGAUUAUGGUGAUAUCAUCAAGGCCACCUUGGGCAAAGCCCGUGAGAUCAAUAAGGUGAACUCUGCCAGAACCAUGGCAUUGGCCCUUACAAUGAUCUUCCGAGAACUUCACAAAGAUAAUGUGAGAAUCAACAGGCAGGGUGUAGACUUCAUUAGUCUCAAGGAACUGGCCAAACGAUUUGCAUUGUCCUUUGGUCUUGAUGCUGUGAAAAAUCGUGAGGCAAUUACUGCGCUUCACCGGGAAGGCAUUCUGUUUGCUGUUAACCCUCUUGAAAACCCUGCUGAUCCUACAGGACCUCCUCCCAACCUUGCUUUCUUGGAGAUAUUAACUGAAUUCACAAAUAAGCUCUUGAAACAGGACAAGAGAGUUGUGCUUGCAUACCUUGAUCGUCGCAUAGCUGCUGGUAUGCCAAGCUCAAGAGGGGAGGACUGGCAGCCAUUGCUUAUGUAUCGCAAUUCACUGGUGCAUGGAGAGGGUGAUCAGCCACCUCAGACAUCUAAGCGUGCCUACACCCGCAAGCGCAAACAUGGUUCCAAUCGAGGAAAAGGUCUCAGAGGAAAACAAGAAAGAAACCAUGCCUUGAAAUCCAAACAACGGUGACACGAAGUUCAUUGAGAUUAAGGAGAAAACCCACAAAUCCCAGUUUCCUGCCAUCAUCUCCAUCCUCAUCAAGUUCUGUUGUCAUUGAGGAGUUCAGUAGUCAGUCCAACAGGAGCAUUCCUUCUCAUCCUCUCUAUCGCUCAACACCACAGUUCCGCAGUGAGAUGAGUACUCCACGACCAGGUAGUUCUGCAUUUUAUAAACGUAAAUUCAGAGGAUUGUCACACAUUUCUUCAGACUCAGUAAGGCAAGACACCUUUGAGCCCCAGGCAAAGAGAGCUUGUAGGACAAGAAAACAAGCAGUUUCUGAUAGCUCAGAUCAAAGUGAUGAUUCAGGCAUUCUAGGACAGGAUGAAGAAAGUCCAGCAAGAUAAAGUGAAGCAAGAGAAGAGUAUUUUUUCAGUAUGCGUCCUUCAGAAAAUGUUCCUUUCAGUUCUCCGGUGGUUUAAAGUAUUUCAGCAUAGAACAUCUUUGUAUUUCCAAAUGAUUUUUUAAGAUUUGUCAUACUUCAUAAUUAAAACUUUAUUUGGCACAUGCCACUGUUGCUAGCCAUCAUUACAGGGUGACAUUUCAAGUUUAAACCAGAAGCUUCUAAUCACUAUUAUUUAAAUGUUCAAGAUUUCUUCUGUUAAUAAUUUUUGUUACUGUAAUUAAAUUGCUGUUGGUCUAGAUAUAAGUAAUCACUAUACUAUAUCUUAGUGCCCCCCCCCCCCC